UAAUUAAAUAAAAUAUAAUCAUUUUAUGCGGAAUAAUUAUCUCAUUCCGCGCUUAUUUCAUGAAUCUAACAUACCUAAGUAAUUGAACAUAAAUCAAAUUUUAAACACACAAUAUACUAUUCCUUGUGUUCCAAUUGAACUAACAAUAUUUUUUGACAUAUAGUCCAAGUGGUCUCAAAUAAUAUUAUUUUCUAAAAGCACAAUCAAUUAAGUUGACACCUCUAGGACAUCAGCAGGAAAUGAGUAGUACCUUAUAUACAAGUAUAUAUGGAAAUAGCUAGAUAUGAAUUCCCUACAUCAAGCACAUAGCUAACUAUGGGGUUCUUGUUUACACCACUAGCCAUGCUCAUAAUUUCCACCGUAUUCCUCCUCUCCUUCUCUAUUCCUCCCACUGUGCUGUCCUACUCAUUCUCAAAACUUCCGUUACCACCACUAGCCAUGGGCCCUGAAUCUACUACCUUUGAUUAUCUUAAUCAAGGACCCUAUACAGGCAUUGCUGACGGCAGAACUAUCAAAUAUCAAGGCCCUAAUAUCGGAUUUCAAGAUUAUGCUUUCAAUUCACCUAACCGGUCCAAGGCAGUAUGCGAUGGCAAUACAGAUCCGACUUUGGGGAAGAUAUGUGGAAGACCGCUAGGCAUAGGGUUCUUGAGGUCAACAAGGCAGCUCUUCAUAGCCGAUGCGUAUUUAGGACUGCUGGUCGCCGGACCUAAUGGAAGGCUCGCGAAAAUAGUAGCCCCUGGUGCAGAAGGACAAGCCUUUAACUUGCUUGAUGGUUUGGCUGUUCACCAACAAACUGGAAAUGUUUUUGUCACUGAUGCUAGUGCUGUAUUUGGUUUGAGUCAAAUUCAAGAGGCUGUGGCUGCGAAUGACUCAACAGGAAGGCUAAUAAAAUACGACUCGAACACGGGAAGUACUUCAGUGUUAUUGAGAAAUCUUUCAGGCCCAGCUGGUGCUGCAGUUAGUAUAGACGGCACAUAUGUUCUAUUCACAGAAUUUAUAGGUAAAAGAAUUCAGAAAUAUUGGCUCUCAGGUCCAAAAGCUAACACAGCAGAAGUUCUGAUUACUUUACCCGGUAGACCAGACAACAUUAAACGAACACCGGCCGGAGACUUUUGGAUCGCGGUGAACGUACCAUUCAAUAACGUAACAAAUUUUCCGACAGCGGUAAAAAUCAAUGGUUACGGUAUGGUUUUGUCGAAUUUUACCAUCAUUGAUCAGUAUAACAACACUCAGAUAAGUGAAGUUCAUGAGUCUGGUGGGUUAUUAUAUAUUGGCUCUAUGAAUACUGACUUUAUUGGUGUGUUUCGGCCCUAAACUUUAGGGUUUGAGAUGCUCUGAAUUGCAAUCAUUGAUCGAUGUUCUCAAGGAAAUGCAAAUGAUGUAGCAAGAACUAUUACUAAAUAAAAUGUUGUGAUGAAUUUAAA